ACAGACUGCGACGGGGCAGGCAGAGGGGCAGUGGGCGCCCGGGGCUCGGCUGUCAUCUCCAUCACUCCUCCUCGCCCUGGGCCCCGGGGACUUUUUUGGGUUGAGAGCGUGUCCUCCAGGGAAGGGGGGUCCUCCUCAAUGCAGCUGCCCUUGAAAAUGGAGUCAAGCACCGAGGAGGAGAGCUGGCUGGAAGAUCAGUGGGAGAAAUGGCUCACCCACGACAUCAGCCUUGAGGAGUUUGAGGACGAAGACCUCUCCGAGAUCACCGAUGAGUGUGGAAUCAGCCUGCACUGCAAGGAGAGCCUGGCCACCCGGGGCCAUGUGAGCCGGCAGGGCGGCGGGGCCCGGGCGGCGGGCGGCGGGGAGACCAGCCGGCUGCAGGCCGAGAUGCUCCAGCUCGACCUCAUCGACGCGGCGGGGGAUGCGCCAGCCGAGGAGCAGACGGCCCCGGAGCCGCUGCAGAAAGAGCCCCCGGCCGUCACCACCGAUGUCUACAGGCCGAAGCGACCCACAACUCUCAACCUCUUCCCGCAGGUGCCUCGCAGCCAGGACACUCUGAAUAACAACUCUCUGGGGAAAAAGCACAGUUGGCAGGAGCGGGUGUCCCGGUCGUCGUCCCCUCUGAAAACGGGUGAGCAGACCCCUCCCCACGACCACGUUUGCCUGAGUGAUGAGGUCAAUCACCAAAACAGCACAACCUCCACCAAAGACCGGGGCACGUCCACGGAGAGCCCGUGCCGGCGCACGGCCGCCACGCAGAUGGCACCCGCCUGCGUCACCUCCUCUCGGCCGCCCGAGAAGCACCAGGCCGCCAGCCGGCCCCCGCCGCACGGCGCCAGCGUGGUGGUGGUGACGGCACGGGGCCCAGAGGCCCACCGGGACCGCAUCCGCUACCAGACAGACGUGAGGCUGGAGGCCACGGAGGAGAUCUACCUGACGCCCGUGCAGAAGAACUCGGACCCCCUGGAGACCGAGAAGCCGUUCCUGUCUCAGUCCAGCGAGAAUCGCAUGUCCAUCAGCUCUGACGUCGACACCUCCGGCUAUUCGGCCCUGGCAGGGAAAACCAACCCCUCCAUCAGUGAGGAGGACGAGGUGCUGGACUACAUGUCCUCCCCUGACAAGACGAACCCGCCCAGGGCCGCCUGCGGUGGCCCUAGUGGUGGCCUCCGGCCAGGGCACAACCUUCAGAGAGCCUCGGUGAGUUCAGACACCAGCGCCCUCUCUUACGACUCGGUCAAGUACACGCUGGUGGUGGACGAGAACAUGCAGCUGGAGCUGGUCAGCCUCAAGCAGUGCUACUCGGGCUACAGCGAUGAGAGCGACUCGGCCACUGUCUACGACAACUGCGUCUCCUCGCCCUACGAGUCGGCCAUCGGCGAGGAGUACGAGGAGGAUGCGCUGAAGCGCGACUCCGUCUGCCUGUCCGAGGACUCCACCCCCGAGGCGGACAUCCACUUCUCCAAGAAGUUCCUCAAUGUCUUCAUGAGCGGCCGGGCACGCUCCUCCAGUGCUGAGUCCUUUGGCUUGUUCUCCUGCAUGAUCAACGGGGAGGAGCAGGAGCAGACCCACCGUGCUGUCUUUAGGUUUGUGCCUCGCCAUGCGGAUGAGCUGGAGCUGGAGGUGGAUGAUCCUCUGCUGGUGGAGGUGCAGGCAGAAGAUUACUGGUACGAGGCCUACAACAUGCGGACAGGUGACCGAGGCAUCUUCCCUGCCUACUAUGCUAUCGAAGUCACCAAGGACCCCGACCAUUUAACAGCUCUGGCCAAGAGCAGUGACUGGGUGGACCAAUUUCGGGUGAAGUUCCUGGGCUCGGUGCAGGUUCCCUACCACAAGGGCAACGACGUGCUGUGUGCGGCCAUGCAGAAGAUCGCCACCACGCGCCGCCUGACUGUGCACUUUAACCCGCCCUCCAGCUGCGUCCUGGAGAUCAGCGUGCGCGGCCUCAAGAUUGCUGUGAAAGCUGACGACUCCAAGGAGCACAGCAAGGUAAACAAGUGUAGCCAUUUUUUCCAGCUGAAGAACAUUUCCUUUUGUGGGUACCAUCCAAAGAACAACAAGUAUUUUGGGUUCAUUACCAAGCACCCUGCUGACCACAGAUUUGCCUGUCAUGUCUUCGUCUCAGAGGAGUCCACAAAGCCACUGGCAGAGUCUGUAGGGAGGGCUUUCCAGCAGUUCUACAAGGAGUAUGUGGAGUACACGUGCCCCACAGAGGACAUCUACCUGGAGUAGGGGCUGGCCUAGGCACCUCCUGCACAGCCAGGGCUGCAGUCUCGCCCCUUCCCCGUGACGUGCAUGGACAGGAGCUGCUUUGAGCCUGGAGGAGGAGUGGGCCUGGGGCAGGGCUCCCCAGGGCACGGAGCACCACCUCUUUUUGUGACUCCCCUUCCUCGGGCUGGGGCUGGGGGGACGGGAGGGGGGAGGGCUGGACAAAUUGUGUUUAUUGUACAAAAUACUCUUAGUUUAUUCUAUUGGAGAGGCAGCUGCUGGCUGCCCUGCCUGUGAGUGGUGGAGAGGUGGGCAGCAGGGUGCUCGGGCCCUUUCCUGCUGCAGGCGGGGGUGACAUCUCCUCUUCCUUGUGACCGUGGCCCAGCUUCCCGUCACAUCCCUCUGGGGUGACUUUUAAUGCAGUGGCAGAGUCGGACUCUCACAGGAUGAAGACACAGCAGCUACAGCAAACAAGAAGCACUUGUUGGCUCACCUAGGAGAUGAGCUUGCCCUGGGUGGGCAUCACCUCCUGGCCAGGCCCUGGGGACAAAGCUGCUGGGCAGGGAUGACAGAGGGAGCCCCACUAUUUCCCCUGCCAGAGUCAGGAUGAGCUAAGACAGCUCACCCCUGCCUCUGUCUCCAUCCCUGUCCUCUUGUAUCUGUGCCCUGGUGAGAGAGGAAAAAAAUACCACCCCUACCUCCCUGCAGUAACUACACCCCUGAGAGGGGACCCUUUCCCUUCCCUACCGGCUGCAGGGGUCAGGGGCAGAGCUGGGCCCCCUCAGGGCUCACCCCUGUGCAGAGCUGGGUGCCUGACAGCAGCAGGGCAGGGAAGGGCUAAAGCCUGCAGGGAGCUGUGCAAAGCACUGGGGAGCCUGAAGAGCUCUCCUGGUCCCUGCAGCCAGCGGUCUCUAUGCUUCAGCUGGGUCUGCUGUGAUGGCAACAACUAUUAAAUAUGAUGGUUCAUGGA